UCCAAAACCAAAUAUAGGAAUUUGGAAGGAAGACUCUAUUAAGCUUUUUUCUCUCUCUCGGAGGCGCCUCUGCUCAGAGCUCUCUCUCUCUCUCUCUCUCUCUCUCUCUCUACUUCUAUACCUACGCAAUGGUGCGAGUGAGUGUUUUGAACGAUGCUCUUAAGAGCAUGUACAAUGCGGAGAAACGGGGGAAGCGCCAGGUCAUGAUCAGGCCAUCCUCAAAAGUCAUCAUUAAAUUUCUCCUGGUUAUGCAGAAGCAUGGUUACAUUGGAGAGUUUGAGUAUGUUGAUGACCACAGGGCUGGCAAAAUUGUUGUCGAACUGAAUGGGAGGCUCAACAAAUGUGGGGUUAUUAGUCCUCGUUUUGAUGUGGGUGUGAAAGAGAUUGAAGGUUGGACUGCAAGGCUGCUCCCCUCAAGACAGUUUGGAUAUAUUGUGUUGACAACUUCUGCUGGUAUCAUGGAUCACGAAGAGGCUAGGAGAAAGAAUGUUGGUGGUAAAGUGCUUGGAUUUUUUUACUAGGCUUAAUUUCAAGACUGAUCUCUAAGUUUCUGCUUGAGAGGAAUUUUUGGGUGUAUUUCCAACUCGGUUAAUAUAGAAUGGUUCUAUGUUUCAUAUGAUGUGUGUGUGAGUGGCAAUUUGUGUACCCACAUUUUAUGAAGACUGUAAUGUUGCCUUUCAUUUGCUCUCAGUCUCUCACUGUUAAAGAGACUACAUAUUUGAUUAUCGUUCAGUCGGGUUAUAUGAAUCACAAUUUACUGCAAUUUUCAAGGCUUUGAUCAUUGAAGUAUCCAUU